AUGAAAUAUCGCAGCGACGAGAAAAAAGAUUCUGCCGAAUCUGUGCUGCAAGACCCUCACGCCCUUGAAAGGCGCCGAAACAGGUUCCUAAAGGACCAGGAUCAAAUCAGAGGCUCAAAAAAUGCAGAGUUCGGCCUGAUUAGUCGAGGGGAGGACCUCCGGUUGCAGCAGAGCGAAUCUGCUCGAAAAGAUCUCUUGACAAAAAUCCAGUCCAACAUCAGAUCCAACGCCAAAGCAGAUUCAGUUCUCAUGGACUUUCGCAAACUGAGGGAAAGCCUUCUUUCCCAGCCGCACACAGAAUUCGCAAAAGACGUGUUUGUGAGUUCGAUCCGUUAUUCUGCAUCAAUAGGCCAUCAUCAGUCAUACGUCCCCAGCAUAGUGCAUCUAAUGGAAGCCGAGAAAAAAAACCAGCUUAUGUCCAGCACUGAAAAAGAACAGGUUCUGUUGAUUCUAGCGCUACACAAGGCCCACUACAACGGCGAGUUCGAGUCGGUGUUUGAGUUACUUCUGCAGAACUUUGACAUCUCACUGGACUUUGGAAAGCCUGCUUCGUGCGUCCCCGAAGCCGCGUUCUUUGCAACUUACGCCCUCAUGAUCAAAGACUUUUAUCUCUGGACGCGCCAAUAUAGCUACUUAUCGAAGAACGCUUGCUAUAAGUCGGUAAUGGAUCUUAGACUUAAAGCAUUCAGACAGACGGAAGUUGACACGCUGCGUCGAUCAUACUUUAUGCUUAGAAAGGAAGUGCUUUUGGGCUUUCUCAAUACGUCGUGGGAGGAAUUGUGCAAAGAGCACAGUGUUGAGUGGACGCUGGACAACGACACGGUCACAAUCCGUCGCAGGAAAUAG